AUGCCAUUUAUUCGGACUUAUUUUAUGAAUCAACGAAUUUUAUGCUAUAUCAGCCAAGUAUUAUCGAAAAAGUCGGUCAGAGUCUGCGAACUCGUCAAGGAAUCAUGUCAGGGUAAGUCUUGUCCGCCAUGCUUGCCUCAGUACAAUCCAAAUGCAUUGGAGGAACUCACAAUCUAUGACAGACCUGAGGCACAGUUUAUUCAACUCACCAAGGCCACCGACCUUGUGCCAGAAUCAACGGUGGAGAAUGUAUACAACCAACUAAAGCCAGUUCCUCCCUCCUUCCUGAUUGGCAAGUGGAACGGCGGCGAUAUCGACACGGGACAUAUUGGACAUAAGCUUCUCAAGGAAAUGAAAUGGGCCGGGAAAGACUUCCGGUCGGUAGACGACGGUGAUCCGAUCAUGGUUCAUGAUGCAGAAGGGAACCGGGUAUGGAAGGAAGAUUGGGGACAUUGCUCGCUACGGGAGGUGGUCUAUCGAGGAGUCACCUCGACCGCCAUGAUCUAUGACCAAAAGCCUAUUUUUGACCAUUUUCGUUAUGUGAGCGACGAUAUGGUUGCAGGUGCCAUGGAUACACCUAAGCUGUUCGGUGCUAAGGGUACUUACUAUUUCUAUUUGACUCGACGCAGUUCAUCCUCGCUGUAA